UUUAUUCGCUUCGUUCGGAUCACCGAAAAAUAUAAACAACGAUGAUGAUGAAGAUGAUGACGCUUCAAAGGAGGAUGAUGAUGAUGAUGAUGAUGAUGAUGAAUCGUUCCAAGAUGCAACGGGUAAAGAACAAACAACGAGUCGCACAGAAGACGACGACGUCGAUUCUCGAAACACAAUCACUGCCCCGCACGUACAGUUUUACUUGGACGAUCUGGAGAAACAACCGAAACAAUCCGAUACCACGUAUGGUGUGCGGAAAGCGAUCAAUGGAAACUAUCUUAUCGGAAACCGAACCAUAAGUUUCGAUUCGGACGGACGACUAAUCUUGGACGGUGGCGACGAGGUGUUCGAACCGACACCCGGGUUCUUGGAGCUCAUUUUUAAGAAACAUCCGC